GCACACACAGCUCCUGUUCAUCAUCGCUCCUCAGCAGUAGUUGGAUUCCUCCCGGCGCGCCACACUCGGUCACCAUGUGGAUGCUAAAGCUUUGGAUACUCAGUUUUGGCAAGUGACAGAAAAUAACCUAAACCUGAGCUUAUGAGACCUGGAUCCCCAGCUUUACAGAAUGAUGGAAAGUAACUUAAACCAGAGCUUAUGAGACUUUUCAGAGGGACUGAAGGAGAGGUCGGAUUAGAACUUUACGGAAAACUCUCAUUCACGCUCCGUGCGUAAAACAGACUUUUAAAAAACCUCAAGGUUAAAUCUGUUCAGAACUGCCUCUGUGGAUCAUGGCGCACAGUUUGCUCGUGUGUUUUGUUGCACUGCUGCUGCAUGGAUGUGUUUGGGCAGCGGGAUCUCACACACCAGGCACACACACUCAGCACCCGCGCGCCGUCAGCAGGCACAGGAACUGGUGUGCCUAUGUGGUGAUGAAAUCUGUCAGCUGUGUUAUGGAGGAUGGAGUGGAGACCUACGUCAAGCCUGAUUACCAGAACUGUGGUUGGGGUCAGCAGUGCUCUCGGGUAGUGUUAUAUAGGACAUUCAGAAGACCGAAGUACAGGAUUGCUUACAAAAUGGUAACAGAGAUGGAAUGGAAGUGUUGUAAUGGUUAUUCAGGUGAAGACUGCAACAACGGCCCCAAAGGCAACUCACAGAUCAACAACGUUGGAUCUAAUACGGGGAAUGAACAGAGUAGAGGAGAAGAAAGAGGAGAAAGUGAUAAAAUCAAACAACUUGAGGAGACAAUUCAGGGUCUGAGUAAAGGACUCCGUGACAUGCAGUCCACCUUACAGGGAGUGAAUCAGAGAAUAAAUGAGGAGUCACGCUGGUCACAAGGAGUCCACACUGGUGGUCAAAACCCUGCUGAUGCAGCUCAACCAGAAAUGAGGGAAACCAUUAACAGCAUUCAGAUCAAGCUGGAUUUGCUUGAUAACAUGACGCAAGUACAUGACAUGACCCUUACCAGUAUAAACAACCAUCUGGUUAGUGGCAAUACUGCAGGCGAUGAGCUAGACAGAGGAAGUCAGUACAGAAUGCUGAAGGAUGAGAUUCUUAACGAAUUAGAGCAUCGCAUCUCACUGUCCUGCGCUGCCUGCCAAAGUGGUGUGGAGAGCAUAAAGCAGCAGCAGCAGGAGGACAGGGAGAGGAUCCGUGCCCUGGAAAAGCACAUAAGUGUCAUGGAGCAGCACCAUAGCCAGACAGUGGAGGUCUUGCAGGGGGAGCUUGCCCGCUCACAGAGCUGCUGUGAUGCCAUCGUAGACAUGGAGAGACGAGUUGGCGCACUGGAAAAGAAGGUUAGUUCCACUGCAGAAUUGUAUGACAUGCUAAAUGGACGCAUUGACAAAGAAUUGAAAGGAACUGCUGGGAAUGCGGGACGAGGAAAAGUAUCAGAAGAAAAGCUGAACAGCCGUUUGAGAGACUUGGAACGUCGGCUGAACGGAACGAUGAGGAAAGCUGAGCAGAAAUGCUCUCACAUGGAGACCAGUAUGAAAGAGCUGGUGCAAAGAGAAAUCAGCAAAAUACGGAACUCUGUCCUUAAGCAAAACGAUGACCACGGCAUGAGGAUUUCUAACAUUGAGCUCAAUAUGAGAGAGAUAAAGAACUCUGUGGACAACCACAAGGAUCGCAUAAUUAAGUUGGAAAAUAAGACAUCUGUCUUAACCAACAAGUUGACAACAACGGUUAAUUUGUGUGCAGAAGCAUGUGCAGCACAAAGCCAAAAAAAUACAACAGAAGAUAUGGUUAAAACAUUGGAGUGGAAAGUCAUUGCCAACAUGGAAGACAUCCAAAGGUUUGACACCAGGCUGAAAGAUCUCUCUUUGUCUGGUGAGUCAAUGAUGAACCGCAUUUCAGACCUAAGCCACAAUGUUCAGGAAAUUACUGAUCUAAUGGGAGAGAAUAGUAAGAAUUCUAAUAAGAUUUCCACAGAACUGGAGAUAUUAAGGACUAACUGUGGCGUUUGCAGUUCCGCUCUGAGUAAAAUAGAGAAUGAACUCAGCAACUUGAGAAACACAACCCUCAGCGGCUUUGAGAAAUAUCAAGGUGAAUUCACCAACUUGGACAGAAAAGUGAACUCUGGUGAAAGUGCAUGCUCACAGGUGUGCUCUAACUUACAAGAGGAAGUGGGCAAACUUAAAGAGGAAGUGGAGAAAUGCCAGGGACAAUGCAAUAUUAGUACAACCAAACUCAAGGAGCACACCAAUGAUCACAACGUCAUAACUAACACACUGGUAAAGGAACUCCAGUCCAUUCAGGGUGAGCUCUCUGGAAUCAAGUUGACCUUCAGUUCUGUUAAUGACACGCUGAAGGGACUGGGUCACACUGUUCAGAGACACAACAGCACGCUAACUGACCUGGAGAACUCGAAGAAUGAAAUCUUUUUCCAGAUUGACAAGAUUCAGGACUGGAUGGACGACCACAUAGAGGACAGUCAGAAACAGUUCAGGAAUAUUUCCCACAACAUUCAGAGAUUGGAAAGCAAUCUGUUGGUGGAGAUGGGUGAAUGCAAACAUGCUGCCGACGGGCUGGGUAGGAGGCUUUUAACAUUAGAGAAUGUUUGUAGCAGACUGGAGACACUUUCAGAGAACCUGCAGCAGAUCAAGAAUAUAAUAAACGGAGAUGUAUCUGGACUUUGGACUUGUGUUAAUGGGCUUAAUGCUAGCAUUCUUACUCAGGGAGAGGCCAUACACAACAUCAAGAGUGUUCAUUUGGAGACUAUCCAUGGCAGGGUCAACACUGUCAACUCCACACUACUGGAAAUCCUGAAUGAAUUCCAGACUUUCACUGAGCAGGACUUUAUCGGCCCUCCUGGACCUCAAGGGGAACGAGGUCCCCAAGGCCUACCAGGUCCAAUAGGACCACCGGGCAUAGGAGGCCCCCAGGGUAUACAAGGGGAGGAUGGACCAAUUGGUCAGCCAGGUCCAAGAGGUGAACAAGGUCCUCCAGGCGACGACGCAAAUGUCCCGAGACUGUCGUUUUCAGCAGCACUUACACAGCCACAGGUCGGCUCAGGCACCAUUGUCUUCAACAAGGUCUUCGUCAAUGAGGGGAUGUCUUACAGUCCACACACAGGCAUAUUCACAGCACCGGUGAGCGGACGUUAUUUCUUCAGUGCAGUCCUGACUGGUCAGAAGAACAUGAAGAUAGAGGCAGUGUUGUCAAAGUCCAACUACGGAAUUGCACGUGGAGAUUCGACCGGAUACCAACCAGAGGGUUUGGAGAAACCUAUGGCUGAAUCAAGAAACACUCCUGGAUCUCUGGUCAUUUUCAACAUCAUACUGCCUCUAGAGGUGGGAGAGACCGUGUGCAUCGACCUGGUCACUGGGAAACUGGCUGAUUCAGUCGAACCUCUUACUAUGUUCAGUGGGAUGCUGCUGUAUGAUCAUGUCGAUGCUGUGUUAUAAGAGCGAAAACCAUUCAGGUGUCUUGUGCCAGCUGUUCAUACUUGGUUCAGGACAAUGAGAGUACGCUGACUUAAACAUUUCUUUCUUAGAAACAUUUAUCGCGGUGUUAAUAAGGGCUUUAAACACAAAGAAUGUUGUACUGUCUUAUCGGCUUAGUCUUGAAAUAUUAACCAAGAGGCACACUUUUGUUGGGACUCAACCUCCAGGAUAUAUUUAAUACCCCCAAACCAUGCAAGUCAGACAUGCAAGUUAGAGUUAAAAUGUAAAAAGGAAAUCAGUGAUAUGAGUGUGUAUGUGGUGGUGAACAAAACUCUGUGUGUGUGUGUGUGUGUGUGUGCUCUGUUCAGUUUUCCCUGAAAAGGCCAUAAUAAUUAUUUUUAGUCCUCCUUAUUAUUUUAUGCUUCCAAAACUCCAUAUUUGGGGAGGAAUAAAGCUCCGUCCUGUGUGAUUACAAUUCAGUGAGCAACAAGCAGCAGGAACAUUUUGCAUGCUCUGUACGACAUAUUUUAGUUCAUAAAUUCCAGAAGCUAGUGUAAACCACAGAACUGUCAAGAGUGUUGUGGUUGUUUUCAUAACUUUUUUUUUUUUUUUUUUUUUCCCGCAAUGAAACAAUAGAAACAAGUUUGCAAAAGCGUUCACGAAACAUACACAGCAGCUUUGAAGUUCACAUGCUGUAGUUUUCACGAGUUCAUAAACUAUGUCUUGGGUCUUGGUGACAGGUGAGACGAGUGGAACGCCUUAUGCAAGUUAUUGUACUUUUCACCAUCACUGUUGUGAGAGGAAUGUAAAGCCACUGGACUUGUUUCAUUUAACAGUAUUUUUAGAGACAUUGCUGUUUCCUUUAUUUGACCAUUAAAUCAUCACUUUAAAUCCUUUUUUACUGUAUGUGCCAUAUAGAGUAUAUUUAGUUUUAUACUCUAAAUGUCCAAAGAUUCUACUGUAUACAGUAUUAUUUUGCCAGCCAUACAGUCUGCAGAUGAUAGUUAAUUUUUUAAAAUAAUGUUAUUAUUAUUGUUUGUGAUUUCUGUUUUUUACUUGAUUUUGGGAAAAAAAAAAUAUACCUUUAAAGACAUUUUUGACUCUG